UACAGCUGCGAAGCAUUGAGGAGCCGAGUACGCAGUGCCAAACAACAACACAUCAUUACCAUCACACCGGUCGUAUGCCAGCGGCGGAGCAGGGGGGCACAGGRUGCGUCAGCUUUGAAAACGCCAAUGCGUUAAAUCAGCGUACCGGUGUCCCCCUGCAACUGCAAACUACACAAAAUCAAUAUCAUCAUCACCAACAGCAACAACAAAACCCGCACACCAUGCAGCAUACAACACAAAAGGGCUACGAUGCCGAACAGGCGCGCAUGGAGGCGUGGAUGGAUGAGAAUCAAGAAUUUGUACAGGAUUAUUUCAUAAGAAAAGCCACACGUCAGGUAGUUGAUGCUUGGCUCGUUUCACAUGCCACUACAGCUGGCAAUGAUGUCUCGUUGACUGGCUCACCUACACAUACAAAUGGACAGAGUUGCUCAUCACGAGGUGGAUCGGGAGCGACAACGCCGGUGAGAAAAAUAUCAGCACAUGAAUUUGAACGCGGCGGUCUGCUGAAGCCAAUUGUCAACACCAUUGACGGUACACCGACAUUCUUAAGUGUAGGCACACAAAAUGAUUGCUCAACAAACAGCAGCAAUAUGGGCGGCAUUGGUGGUGCGAGUAAUGGCAAUAACAUUGGCGCUGGCAAUGGCAACUAUAAUGCUGCCAAUGGUACGAGCACACUCGGUGCUCAUCACUAUCAUCAUCAUCAUCAUGGACAGACGGCGCACAGUUUCGGCACAAUGGGCUAUUAUCGGCCGCAACGUUUAUCACGCAACGAAUUGAAGGCGUUGGAUGAGAAAGAGCUCAUUUUUGAACUGUGUCUCGUAUCUAAACUGUUCGACGUMUGUCCACGCAGCACCGUGGAAGAGAUGGAACAGCAGGAAGAAGUACGCGUUGCUUGGGGUUCGGGCAUUGCUGGUCAUGUGGCCGAGAGCGGUGAACCAGUUAAUAUACCAGAUGCAUAUCAGGACGAGCGCUUCAAUGGCGAAAUUGACAGCAUAACCGGCUAUCGAACGAAGGCACUGCUCUGUAUGCCCAUUAAGGAUUCAUCAGGUGACGUAAUCGGUGUGGCGCAGGUCAUUAAUAAAUUAAAUGGUGAAUGCUUCACUGAGGCCGAUGAGAAGGUGUUUGCCUCUUACUUGCAAUUCUGCGGCAUCGGUUUGCGUAACGCUCAACUUUACGAGAAAUCCCAACUGGAAAUMAAACGCAAUCAGGUCUUACUCGAUUUGGCGCGUAUGAUCUUCGAGGAGCAGAGCACCAUUGAGCAUAUGGUAUUCCGUAUACUAACACACAUGCAAAGUCUUAUACAGUGCCAGCGUGUGCAGAUCUUGUUGUUGCACGAGGCUUCGAAGGGCAGCUUCUCGCGUGUGUUCGAUUUUGAAGCGAAUGAUCUCAGUGAAGAGGAGAAUACGUCACGUACGAGUCCGCAUGAGUCACGAUUCCCCAUCAAUGUGGGCAUCACCGGCUAUGUGGCCACAACUGGUGAGACUGUGAACAUACCAAAUGCUUACGAAGAUGAUCGCUUCGACGCCAAUGUCGAUAUCGAGGGCAACUUCAAGCACAAGUCCAUAUUAUGUAUGGCAAUCAAAAAYUCACUGGGUCAAAUAAUUGGCGUCAUACAGCUGAUCAACAAAUUUGAUGAUCUGAACUUUACCAAAAACGACGAGAACUUCGUCGAGGCUUUUGCCAUCUUUUGCGGCAUGGGCAUACACAACACACAUAUGUACGAGAAGGCGAUCGUGGCGAUGGCCAAGCAGAGCGUCACAUUGGAGGUAUUGAGCUAUCAUGCCUCAGCAACGAUUGAUGAGGCGCAUAGAUUGAGGCGUUUACGUGUGCCAUCGGCAGCGCAUUUUCGCCUACACGAUUUUCGCUUUGAUGAUAUACAUUUUGAGGACGAUGACACAUUGAAGGCCUGCCUGCGCAUGUUCCUCGAUCUGGACUUUGUCGAGCGUUUUCAUAUCGACUACGAGGUGCUUUGCCGUUGGUUGCUAAGUGUCAAGAAGAACUAUCGCAAUGUUACUUAUCAUAAUUGGCGGCAUGCCUUCAAUGUAGCACAAAUGAUGUUCGCCAUACUAACGAUUUCCCAUAAUGGACAGGCGACGCAAUGGUGGAAGAUUUUCGGUGAGAUCGAGUGCUUGGCAUUGAUUAUCGGUUGCUUGUGUCACGACUUGGAUCAUCGGGGGACUAAUAACUCCUUCCAGAUUAAAGCCUCCUCACCAUUGGCUCAACUAUAUUCGACCUCCACCAUGGAACAUCAUCAUUUCGAUCAGUGUUUGAUGAUUUUGAAUAGUCCUGGAAAUCAGAUACUGGCAAAUUUGUCAUCAGAUGAUUACUGUCGCGUCAUACGCGUUUUGGAGGAUGCCAUAUUAUCGACGGAUUUGGCRGUGUAUUUUAGAAAGCGUGGCCCCUUCCUGCAAUCCGURAAGGAGCAGCCUCUCAGCUAUUGGGAGGCUGACGAGCCGCGUGCUUUACUGCGUGCUAUGAGCAUGACUGUCUGUGAUUUGUCGGCUAUUACAAAGCCGUGGGAUAUUGAGAAGCGUGUAGCCGAUUUGGUGAGUUCGGAAUUCUUCGAGCAGGGUGAUAUGGAGAAGGAGGAGCUGAAUAUAAUGCCCAUUGAUAUCAUGAAUCGUGAGAAGGAAGACGAAUUACCAAUGAUGCAAGUCAACUUUAUUGAAUCCAUUUGCUUGCCAAUUUACGAGGCUUUUGCCAAUCUCUCCGACAAACUGGAGCCACUGGUCGAGGGUGUGCGCGAAAAUCGCGAGCAUUGGAUCGAGCUGGCGCAACAAGUACAAAAUAAAGAGAAURCAGCCAGCAAUACAAAUGGUUGUGUAGACACGACSAAGCAGAAUGGUUGCAUUUCGGAUGGCCGCAGCGAUGUGACUGAUGAGAUCGGCACGAAGAACACAACGAAUUGUGACAGCAAUGCCGACGAUGGCAUAUCAACAGGCGCCGAGUGCGAAAUCGACGAGCAGAGUGAUAGCAAAAAUCCGAAGGAAAUUAACAAUUGCCACAACGAUGACGAUGAGAAUGAUGAAGACGACGCGCACUUGUGCGCCGAAGAGGAGGAAGCCGCCAUCGAAGCGGAUGACGACGACUCGGAUGUAGAGGCGUCGCGUCAUUCCAACGGCUGCUUCUCCUCCGGCUCGAGUCGUUUGAGUACACCACCGCCCACAGGCGAAGACGACAGCCUACCCACUUCGCCGGCCAAGACAACACAGGCGAAAUUGAUUGCGGCCAAYCUGAAUAGUCUUAAUCAGCGUACGCUSAAAUCGACACGCAACUGUUGUCGCAGUUGUGAAUAUGUGCGGUGCAGCGGCAAUAUGCGCAAGACGUCCUCGCUCAAGGGCGCUAAAGAGUUGCAGCAACAGCUGAAUACACAAAAUGGCAGCAGUUGCGGUUACUACAGUCGCAGCGCACCCUCAGUGAGUAGUUGUGGYGUGACGUGCUCUGCCGCCAGCUUACAAAAACAACAAAAUCACAGUGACAGCCAGCCCAAUCAGCUGCAGCAGCGYCAUCACCAUCACCAACAUMACCAUCACCAUCAKCGCCAUCACAGCCAACAGCAUCAUCAUCAUCACCACCACCACAACAACAAUCAACAUGCGUCACAUAGUGGCAACGGCGCCACCGGCAAUACGUCAAGCGGCGCCGAAAGUGAUCGGAUACCGAAAAUUGUWGGUAAAUUGGGCAACAUUGAUAGCUUGCAAUAUCUGGCUAGUGGUGGCAACGGGGCCGGUGAUGCGCUGCUGCACGCAAAUGCCAGCAAAGGCACACCAAACGGCAUUGCAUUCACACCAAAUGGCCAUGUCACCUAUUUUGCCGCCAGCGAUGUGCCCACACUGGUCGUUUCGCCGACGGCGGCGACCACAACACCAACAGCAGUGACGACGGUGACAAGYGCUUGUGAUAAAUGAAGUGUUUAAGUGAAGCGCGUGUGAGACAGCUUUGUGCGCUCGCAUGGCAGUGUUGUAUUUAAUAYAUGAACAUAUGUAUCUGCAAUGGCUUAAUGUGCGUAUGGCUGUAGUGAAGGAGCGGCGCAUGCUACUAUUUGUGGCUCAAAUGKGUCCACUUAUGGUGCAGCUAAAGCAAAUGCGUAAAAUACGGUUUUGUUUAAAUGUAAUUAUUGAAUGUACUGCAUAUAUUUCGCUCUGCGUCUGUGUUUAUUAUGUAACUAUAUUGACCACUAUUUGGAGAUUUUAGUGGAGUGUAAAGGGAGAAUUUAGGAAAAUUUACAUUUUUGUUUGGUUGGCAUAUUGGUGACAUCAGGCUAAAUAAUGUUAAAAGCCCCAAAAAGCUUGUAAAUUUUUUUUUUAUAUUUCUAUUAGUGUGCUACAGAAGUUGGCUAAGUUGGCUUUAGUGUAACUUUUUCUUGUUCAGUUGUCUUUAAUUGAUGAUUAAAUUAUUAAUUAAUUUAAUAUACUUUUAUUAUGGCUCAGAAAAAAUAUUUGAAACAAAAAAAAUCUCAGUUAGGUCAGUGUAGAGUCCUAAAAAGAGGCCUAGUUUUGACAAUUUAUUGUUGGUGUAAGAAAAAAGAGAUUGUGUUUCUUUCUCUUACUCUUUUUAAACAUGUAUUUGAAUGUUUACAAAAAUUCUUGUUGACUUUUGGAUCAAAUGCACCUCUGUCAGCUUUUUAAAAAUGUAUUUGAGUGUUUACUGACGCUUUUGUAGACUUUUUGAUGCAAAAUGGUGGUAAACUUCCAAAUGAGCUUUUCCAAGAGAGAAUCUGGUGGCUUUAAGAACUCGUGAUAUUUCAAAYAAAAUAAAAAGUAGAUCUUAACCAGAAAAACAUUUGCUAGUAAAGUACUGUGUUUUUAGUGGUAUGUAAUUUUUUUUUGAAUUAAAAAAAAAAAAAAAUUUGAUGAAAAAACCACUAGUGGCUUUAAAAAAAUUUCAAUGAUAAAAACGUCAUAUAUUUACUAAAAAAUUUUACUGUGAAGUUCCAGUUCRAAAUUCUGGUAGAUACAUGUAGUAGCCCGCAUGUACCAUACUCCCCAUUAUGCUGAAAUGUGCUGGCCUGAACUCCGCUUCGAGCGGAACGAAGAGUGAAAUAAAUUGCUUUUGACUAUUCUACCAAUUUAAUAAUAUUUGAAGUAACCUCAAAUUAAGUUUUUAUGCUCAAAAUAAAAAUGUCUAUUUUUCAAAAAUCAUGGCCUGGUCUAACCUCUAUAUGCGAAAAUUCGAAAUUCAAGCCUUUAAAAUUUAUUUAGUUUUUUUAAUGUUUUUAUAAUAUGAGCCAUAUAUUA